AGAGAGGAGAGGCACAGAAUCCACGUUGCUUGAGGUCCAGUGUAAAGUUUCCACAGUCAGUGAUGGUUUGGGGUGCCAUGUCAUCUGCUGGUGUUGGUCCACUGUGUUUUCUGAGGUCCAAGGUCAACGCAGCCGUAUACCAGGAAGUUUUAGAGCACUUCAUGCUUCCUGCUGCUGACCAAAUUUAUGGAGAUGCAGAUUUCAUUUUCCAACAGGACUUGGCACCUGCACACAGUGCAAACUAUUUUUCCCUAUAUUUUUUAUCAUUGAGGAUUUCUUUAAGUCUAAAAAUCUCGUCUCGUCUCGUGAGAUAAGCGUCUCGUCACACCCCUGUAGCAUACAGUAAUUUUGUUGUUAAAGAUGUGCUUUAAAUAUGGUAAAGUGUUAAAAGAGAGUUUACAUAUACAAUAAAAAUCAUUAAAUCAUAAACAAUGAUUUGUAUUAGUUUGUAAUUGAUUUAUUAAUGUAUUAAACACGUUUGAAUGGAAGCAUGUUGGUAGAAAUAUUCCAUUUGAAUUUUGCAACACUCAACGUGUUGUGUGAAAUGAAAAUGCAAUCCCAAAUGUUCAACCUGUUAAUGUUAAUGCAUUUAGGGAAAAUAACAUUUGAAUGAUCAUUUUGCUACAGUUUGACUUGGCUAUCUUAAACAUUUCCAAUCCCAGGAAUGCAUUUUCAUUUUAAUGUUGCAACUUAGAGCAUUAAAAUAUAUAAUUAAAUGACAUAUUAAAACUAGUGUAGGAACUGACAAAUGUAAAUUGCAUGAUUGACUUUGACAUGAUUUUCAUUUUGCACCCAAUGUUGCACAUACGUUACUUGAAAUGUAUAUUUAAAUACAUAAAUGCAUUGUCAUUUUACAUACUGCAUUGCCAUUUUGCGUAUUGAAUUUCAAAUUGAAUAUUGCAACCAAUAUGCUUCCAUACAUUUUUGUCAUGAACUGUGAGAAGAAUCCAAUUGCAGGCAGCAGGGAAUUAAGGGGUUAAACAAAAAGACAAAAAGAACACAAAACAAAGACUCACAAUGGGGUAAAAACAGGAACAAGGAUAAUAAACAGUACAAAGACUAACUAACACUAAACGGAGAUAACAACACUAGACAAACUAAACUGGACACUUACUAUACUGACGAAACAGCAACAACAGGAACAGGCAAUGACAGCAAACUUUGGAUGCAAACAAGAACAGGGGUACACUGACCACAAACAUACUGACCACAAACAUACUGACCACAAACAUACUGACCACAAACAUACUGACCACAAACAUACUUUACGUAAUCCACGAGCAACAAGACAAAGAAACAUGAGGACAUUUUAAAGGGAAGACAAACUAAGGAUAACGACACAGGGCAGGUGAGGGUAAUCAAACACGGCUGGGAAACAAUACAGGAAACGAGAGGGGCGGGGCCAAUGACGAGACACUGGAGAGAACGCAUAUUAUUGUGAAAAGGACAAUAUGUUUCUCUCCACACAUAACCAAAGACAUUGUCAUGACUCUGCCACAGGACCAAGAAAAACAUGACUCAGUGAGGCAGAGCCAUGACACAUUUGGAUGUAGUUUUAGUGAUUAUUUUUUCUUGCCUCACCCAACGACUCUGGUGCUACCAAAUUAAGGGCUGGUAACUUGGUAGCACUAGUACCACCCCUCUCAAAUGUCAUUCUAGAGCCCUGUAUGUAUUCUUUUAAUCCGUAUGUGCAUUUCCUUUGCCCUGGUAUGCAAAGCUCUACCAACUGAGCUACAGGUACACUUACUGUCUUGUACAGAAAUAUUGCCUUUGUAAUACACAAUAGAUUUACAUUCACUCCUAUUUUUUUGUGUCGUGUCUGUUUAAGCAAGUAGCUUUUUAUAUUACCACAAAAUAAAGAAACAAAAACAGAAAAAGCUUAUUUUCCAAAGAAUUCCCCAUCUAUAACCACAAGGCAGUUUGUUUAAGUUAUACAAGUCAUGCCUUUAACAUGGGUCUUUUUUCUUUCAUUUCAUAUAUGUAGUUCUGGAUCAAUCAUCACAGAUAUGAAUUUAGAAUUCAGGACGAACAGCGUUUUGCCUUCUGAUGAAGAAAUCACAAAUACUUUGAUCAAUGCUAACAUUACAUUUAAAAUCACAGGAGUAGAGGUCAGACCAACAGACACACCUACAACACACAAACCAACAACCAAACAUCAAACAACUACAAGACCAAUCACCACCACAACAAACACAAGACCACCCACCACUAAAACAACCACAAGACCAUCCACCACCACAACAACCACCACAAGACCACCCACCACUAAAACAACUACAAGACCAACAACCACAAGACCACCCACUACUAAAACAACUACAAGACCAACAACCACCACCACCACAACAACCACAAGACCAACAACCACCACCACCACAACAACAGCAGUUCCAAAACGUCCUCCACCAUCGGUUACCAUAGACAUGAUCAUCAUCGAAGUUUUUGUUCCAGCACUUGGAGACACAAAAAGUGAAGAAUUUAAAAAGCUAGCAGGAAAGGUUCAAAGUGAGUGUGACAAAGUGUACAAACAGAAGUAUGGACUUCUUUUCAUCAGGACGAUUGUCAUUGCUUUCAGAGGCGCUGCCAGAACUCGGGCAGAACAAAACGUGGAGGCGGAGCUUGAAUUAGAGUUCAAUGAAACCUCUUCUGCACCACUUCCAAGCAGCACAGAGAUCGUGGGUACCCUAAAAGAAGCAGCUUUAACUCCAAACUCAGGCUUUAACCUCAUCGUUGUUCCUUCUUCAAUUGGUGUUGUUAAGGCACUGCAGACAAUUCCAGUGAGCAUCUUGACCAAUGGCACUUUUGUGGUCGCUCUCUCAAACUCAAGUUCGACUGAAUAUCGUAACAGGGCAUCAAUGAUUAAAACCGGGCUCGAACCCUUUUUCAUGGAUGAUUAUCCGUCAGCAUUCACUGUUUUAUUUAUAACAGACUUCAGUGAUGUGAGCGCAAAAUCCGUCAGCAGGGCCACAAUACAAAACUUUAUGAAUCUUACUUUUGCAGCAAACAGCCCUCUACCCAAUGCCAACCAGAUAGUGAACACUAUAGUCCGAGCAGCCAACAGCAGCUCACUGCCCUUCAAAAUCUUCACUCAUUCCAUCACAGUCAAUGGAACAGUGUACUCAUCAGGUGAAGUCAGCUGCAAGAUCAGUGUGCUGAAUGCAAUACUUUUAGUCGCUGUGGCAUUUCUGGCAGGAAGUGACGGGUGAAAACUGGAGGAACAAGAAUCAGAUCUGGAAAUGUUUGUUAACCAGACCCCACAUAAACUGUCUUUAACACUAAGCAAUCGUGACAGUAUUUUCUGUAAUGAAUUAUUUAUUCUAUAAAACCGACUUCAUUAGAUUGUAUAUCGUUAUUAGUCUUGUUUAAUCUUGUAUGUCAAAGAGCAGUUCUCUAAAUCUAUCAUGUAUAGUUUCUUUUUAUUCUUUAACAACCAAUGUUGUGGGAACUUUAUUGUGACUUGUCAGCCUCCACACUACAGGUGCUGUAAGCAAUAUACAUAUUUUGUGUUGACCCUGCAAACAUGCAUAAGACCGUAGCAGAAGAGCAUCAUCUCAAUAAGAAAACUCUGAUAAACUGACUUGACAUUAUUGUCCAAAUCGGUGGUAUUAAAUUGCGUAUUCACCCGCAAGUUUUUGCUGCAUGCCAUUUAUGGGCUGUCGUGUAAACACACCCAAACGAUAAGAUAAAAAUGCACUUCAAAGCGUUCUGAUUGGCUACAUUUCUGUUUGCAGUUCCAGAGACACCAGUGAUAUCUGUCUAAUAAAAUGUAGACGCUUGUUUUAAAAACUGCUUACAGGCAAAAGCAUAUAUGAACUGUAUAUGUGUUGUAUGUCACUAUCUCUGUAUGAAGAAAUACAAAUAUUAUAUUUUAUAUGAAAACGCAGUGCAGAUGGAUGAAAUGACGCGUGAGUCUGUGAAGGCCUUAUGCUAUUUCUUUCAAGUAUUUUCCUAAUUAAGCUAUUUCAAGUUUUGUUUUCUGUAAAGCUGCUAAACCUAUGUGUAAAAGAGAACACAAAUAAAUCUGAUACG